AUGAUUACUGCCGCCCACCCUUUCUUCGAACAUCCUGCGAGCAAGCCUGCGAGGAAUAGCCCUGCCAACGGCCCUGCGAGCAAGCCUGCGAGAAAUAGCCCUGCCACCGGUCCUGCCAACGGCCCUGCCAACGGUCCUGCGAGCAAGCCUGCAAGGAAUAGCCCUGCCAACGGUCCUACCAACAGCCCUGCCAACAGUCCUACGGCCGAGCGCGCAAGUAUAAGACAGCCUAUAAAAGAACCGCCCUACCAACAGCUCUACAAAUAG